ACUAACCAAACAAAACCACAGCAAAGAAACACAAAGUUUCCUUGUACUAUAUAUCACACUACGCCAUGAGUGUUGCAGUCAAGGUUUGCGGCCAAGUACCCGGUGUGGAGAAGUGGAUUAAAAUCCCCGAUGUCAGUAGCCACUGCGUGCAAGAGGUCGCAAAGCUUGCGGUGGAACAGUUCAACGUUCAACAUGGACACAGUCUUAAAUACGAAAGCAUUCACGAAGGUUGGUUUUGUGAACUGGGUCAAAACAACCUAAAGUACCGUCUUCAUAUUAGGGCGAUAGACUUUCUUCAACGCUCUCUCCUGUAUGAGGCACUUGUGUUCGAAGAGAAACCUAAGCUUGAAAGAAUCAGAAAGUUGAUAUCUUUCUUGUAUAUUUUGAAUUGUGGACACUAUGUUGGGCCGGUCGAUCCACCCAAAGUGGAGAAGUGGAUUAAAAUUCCUGAUCUUCGAGUGCCAUUUGUGCUAGAAGUUUCAAAGUUUGCAAUAGAUUGGUACAAUAAAAGUGGAGAAGGCUUAAAAUACGUUGAAAUCUACGACGGUUGGUAUGCAGAGAUGGGUCAAGACAACAUAAAGUUUCGCCUUCAUGUUAAGGCGAAAGACUGCUUGGGACGUUUGCGCAACUACGAGGCUAUUGUUCUUGUUAAGCAUUUUUUGUCGAAGAAAAUCAAGAUUUUCGAAUCUUUUAAGCUUUUGGAUCAAGUAAAGGUUGUGCCGGGAUGGAAUCAAAUACCCGAUGUUAAGGACCUUGGCUUGCAAGUGGUUAUAAAGUUUAUUUUGGAACAUAUCAAAAUUAAGUUCGGAGAUAGUUUGAAAUUUGAGAUCAUUUAUGAAGGUUGGUAUUUUGAGUUGUGCCCAAACAGCCUAAAGUACCGUUUCCAUGUUAAGGUGAUAGACUUUUUGGGUCGUUCUCUCAAAUUUGAGGUUGUUAUUAUCGAAGAGAGACGUGACCAUGUAAGAAUAUGGAAGCUGGACUCUAUCGUUCUCAUAGUAGCUCCUGCACCUCAAGAGAAGAAGUGGAUAAAAAUUCCUAAUGUUCAGGUGCCGUUAGUGCAAGAGUUGGCAAAGUUUGCCGUGGAUGAACAUAAUAAUAAGAGUGGAGAAGGCCUAAAAUACGUUGAAGUCUACGACGGCUGGUUUAUGGACCUGGGUCAAGACAACAUAAAGUUUCGUCUUCAUCUUAAGGCGAAAGACUGGUUGGGGCGCAUACGCAGCUAUGAGGCCGUUGUGCUUGUUGAGCACUUUUGGUCCAAGAGAAUCAAGAUUCUCGAAUCUUUCAAGUUUUGCGGUCCCGUAGUGGUCGAACCCAAGUGGAUUCAAAUACCUUGUCUUAAGGAGCCCGGCUUUCAAGUGGUUAUAAAGUUUAUUUUGGAACAGAUCAAAAUUAAAUUUGGAGAUAGUUUGAAAUUUGAGAUCAUUUAUGAAGGUUGGUAUUUUGAGUUGUGCCCAAACAGCCUAAAGUACCGCUUCCAUGUUAAGGUGAUAGACUUUUUGGGUCGUUCUCUCAAAUUUGAGGUUGUUAUUAUCGAAGAGAGACGUGACCAUGUAAGAAUAUGGAAGCUGGACUCUAUCGUUCUCAUAGUAUCUCAUGAACCUCAAGAGAAGAAGUGGAUAAAAAUUCCUAAUGUUCAGGUGCCGUUAGUGCAAGAGUUGGCAAAGUUUGCCGUGGAUGAACAUAAUAAUAAGAGUGGAGAAGGCCUAAAAUACGUUGAAGUCUACGACGGCUGGUUUAUGGAUCUGGGUCAAGACAACAUAAAGUUUCGUUUUCAUCUUAAGGCGAAAGACUGGUUGGGGCGCGUACGCAGCUAUGAGGCCGUUGUGCUUGUUGAGCACUUUUGGUCCAAGAGAAUCAAGAUUCUCGAAUCUUUCAAGUUUUGCGGUGGUGUGGUGGUCGAACCCAAGUGGAUUCAAAUACCUAAUCUCAAGGAGCCUGGCUUUCAAGUGGUUAUAAAGUUUAUAGUGGAGCAGCUCAAAAUUAUAUUUGGAGAUUGUUUGAAAUUCGAUAGCAUUUAUGAAGGUUGGUAUUUUGAGUUGUGCCCAAUCAGCCUAAAGUUCCGUUUGCAUAUUAAGGCGAUAGACUUUCUGGGACGUUGUCUCAAUUAUGAAAUUAUUAUUGUCGAAGAGAAACGAAUUUUCAAGCUGGAAUCUAUCAUCGUCAUAUUGUCUCCUGGACACUGCGUUGGGCCUGUGGAUCCACCCAAAGUAGAGAAGUGGAUUAAAAUCAGUAAUCUUCAGUUUUCAUUCGUGCAAGAGGUAUCAAAGUUUGCAUUGGAUGACUUCAACGUUAAAUCUGGAGAUAGCCUCAAAUACGAUGGCGUUUACGAUGGUUGGUAUAUGGAGAUGGGUCAAGACAACAUAAAGUUUCGUAUUCAUUUAAAGGCAAAAGACUGUCUGAGUCGGGUGCACCAUUACGAGGCUUAUGUGUAUGUAAAGCAGUUUCUUAGUAAAAGAAUCAAGAUCGUGGAAUCUUUUAAGCUUAUCGAAAGGAAGUGUUGAAACUCCCCCUUCGUAUUUUGUAACAUGCGAUAGUUACAAAAAAUCGUGUUUGGCUAUCUAUAAAGAAAUAGUCGUGCAGGAAUGAAAUAAAUCUUUUUCAAGCAUA